AUCAUUUAAAGAAAAUCCAAUAAGAGAAAGGUUAAAUAAAAAAAAAAACAGGUGCAAUCAUCAUUGACAAUAUACUGCUUUGCUCUUGCUUCGAUCACCACUGCUUACACUGAUUCAGAGGAUGAGAUUGAUGAAUGUAUAGACGAUGGUCAUCAUCAUCAGGAAAGCUCUAUUACCUCACAGGUUAUCAUUCCACAAAAUGUCCAAAUGAAUCAGCCGUCAACGCAUGAACAGUUUAACGAUAUCAAAGACAGUUUAGUUUUGGAUGAUGAAACCGAUGAAGACGACGUAAUCAUUCCCCCUGCACCUUCAGCUCAAUAUCCUCCUAAUUUACAGGAAAAAUUUAAUCAUUAUUUUAAGCUUGCAGAAUGCGGCAAUCUAGAUAUGAAUGAAGUUAUCCAAAAACGAAAAUCAUUUAAAAAUCCGUCAAUCUACAAUAAACUGAUUCAGCAUUGUAAUAUUGAUGAAUUGGGUACCAAUUAUCCACCAAGUUUAUAUGAUCCACUCAAAUGGAAUAAAGAAUCUUAUUAUGAUCAACUUGAUGUUGCUCAGCAAGAUUUAAUGACACAAAGAGAAAAAUCAAAAACAAAAAAUGCAAAUGUUGAAAUUAUUUCUGGUGUAGUUAAACGUCCAUCUCUAACAAAUAAUUCAGUUACUUGUACUACAAUUAAAAUCUCAGCUCCAACAAAUUUUCCAAUGGUUAAUGAUGUAACUUUAAGAAAAAGAAAAUUGCAGUUUAAUACUACAAAUUUAAAUUAUAAUAGACCAAGUCUAUUACGUCUUUGUUAA